AUGACCGAGGCACUUGGUAACCAAGGCAGGCGUACUCAACCCCCUGAAGUUUCCAAGCUAUUAUCUACCAUGAAGAACAUUGGAUCCUACAAGUUCAAAGGAGGAUCCGAUCCUAUUGAAGCCGACAAGUGGAUUACUAUGAUGGAGAAGAACUUUGAGGCUAUGGAUUGUCCUAAGGAGUAUCAGAAGAAGAUCGCGGUGAACUAUUUGGAAGGCGACGCAACAGGAUGGUGGGACAGUAUAGACAGGCAGCGUGGACACACCAUCACAUCAUGGGAAUCGUUCAAGGGAGAGUUUGAGAGGAAUUAUUUUCCUCCAGAAGCGAAGCAUCGGUUGGAGCGCCAAUUCAUGAACCUUGUUCAAGGAGAUAGGCCCGUAAGGAGUUAUGAGUCGGAAUUCACAAGGUUGAGGCGACACGUUUUUGAUGGGCGUGAAGAUGAAGCAACUAUGAUCUGUAACUUUAUGUACGGAUUGAAGCCGGAGCUUGGAAGUCGUUUAGCUGGAAGCAACUUUAGCAGCUUAUCGGAGUUGGUGGAAAAAGCUGUUAAUAUUGAGACUGCGUUAGAGGCGGAAAGGAAGACUAUACAACAUUCUGGUGGACAUACCAAGUUUAGCCAAGGAGAAAGGCCGAAUUUCAACAAGGGUCCAAGAUCUAACAAAGGCAAAGGGCGAGGAUUCAGAGGCCAAGCCAACAAUCGUGGUAACUCUGGGAUAUGUUAUACAUGUGAUCAGCCGGGAUAUAUUUCAAGGUUUUGUCCCAAAAACCAGCGGAGUAACCAGCAGGGCUAUUCAUCGUUAAGGAUGGAAGAUGUCACUUGUUUCUCUUGCGGUAUGAAGGGCCAUUAUACAUCGUCAUGUCCAAACAAGCCAGUCCCUGCGACCCCUCUCGCGAUCCGAGCUCCUCCUAGCCGUCCAGCUAUUGAGCCAGCACCAAAGAAGCAAAACCUAGGAGGUAGAGUUUAUGCCUUAGGGAUAGAAAACCCAGACAAUGCAGGACCGUCAAGCGGUCCCAUCACAGGAACCAUACAUGUUGCUGGUAAACCCACACAUGUAUUGUUCGACUCGGGGGCAACACAUAGUUUUGUGACCCCUGAAGUAGCUGCCCGGUUUUGGGAUUGUUUUGUGGUUGACAGGAUAAACGUGGCCGUCUUGACCCCCGCAGACCAAACCCUUCAAGAAGAUCAGUGUAUCAAGAAUGUUCCAUUGGUCAUUCAAGAGAAAGAAUUUGUUGCAGAUCUGUUAGUCGUGCCUUUGAAAGGGUACGAAGUAAUCCUUGGAAUGGAUUGGUUAUCGAGCUACAGAGUUCAGAUCGACUGUGGAAAGGGAAGGUUGUUGUUUGACAGAGGUAAACGACCAGAGAUGGUGUACUAUGGAAUUAGUCCUAGUAUGACCGUGUCUUUGGUAGCAGCAAUGAGGGUACAAGAUUUGUUUCAAGAUGGGGAAGUAUAUUUGGUGACCUUAUCGGUUAGUGGAGGAGCCACUAAUGAUGAAGUUAAGGUCGAAAACAUAGAAGUGGUCCAAGA